AUGUCAAACAUGCCUUCAGUUAUUAUAAACCAUCAAGCUCUUCCUUGCCUCGUGAACCUGUUGACAAAUAAUUUUAAGAAGAGUAUCAAGAAGGAAGCUUGUUGGACUAUCUCGAACAUCACUGCAGGGAAUAGGGAUCAGAUACAGGCUGUAAUCGAAGCCGGUAUUAUUGCCCCUCUUGUCCAACUCCUUCAAAGCGCUGAGUUUGAGAUCAAGAAAGAGGCUGCUUGGGCAAUUUCAAAUGCUACAUCUGGUGGAACCCACGAGCAAAUCAAGUUCUUGGUGAGCCAGGGUUGUAUAAAGCCAUUGUGUGAUCUCCUAAUUUGCCCUGAUCCAAGGAUAGUUACUGUCUGCUUGGAAGGGCUUGAAAAUAUUCUAAAGGUUGGGGAAGCUGAGAAAAACUUGGGUAACACAGGCGAUGUAAAUGUCUAUGCCCAGUUGAUAGAUGCAGCAGAGGGUUUAGAGAAGAUUGAAAACCUUCAGAGCCAUGACAACAACGAAAUAUAUGAGAAGGCAGUGAAGAUUCUUGAAACGUAUUGGUUGGAGGAUGAUGAGCAGUUGCCGCCAGGUGAUGCCUCUCAAUCAGGAUUUCAGUUUGGAGGAAAUGAAGUCCCAGUUCCAUCUGGUGGAUUCAGUUUCAGUUGA